UGAAAGGGUCAUGAGGGAGACCAUGGUCGUCUUUGCCGGGUCGGUAGAACAUCUUCAGUGUUUCCCCAAGGAAUGGUGUCUCAUUGGUGUAAAUGAUACUUUGGGGCUCAGCUCUACUUUAUCUAUACCUUCUCAACGCACAUAUAUAGUGGAUGCCCCGAAGUAUGGUACUCGGCAAUGAUGGCGGGGAACCACAACGUCGGCAACUAUAGACGGGAUCCUUGAGUGUGACGCCAUGCAUACGCUAAUGCACGUAUCCGCAUGGAAAAGCGUUCAACCAAUCUCACGAACAAAAAGACUACGAAAUCGGGUCUGCUUACCGACUCGGAUCUGAGCGAGACCUCAUGACGUCCUCAUACGAGUAGAUCUGCCCAAGUCACACAACAACAUCUCUACCCGCCUACCCGUCAGCAUUCGGUCUUGAUUCGGAGAUAUACACUGCAGGCAUCCGAGAGCAUCAUCAUCCAGCAAUAAUGCCACAAACAAUCCUCAUAACAGGCGCCUCAUCCGGCCUCGGCCUCGCCUUCCUCGCACACUACACCGCGCAAAACCCGUCCCCAUUCAUCAUCGCACUUGACACAAAUCCCCUUCCUGCGGAGGCAGCCAGCGCAUUUGAGUACAACGAUAUAUCAUUCUUCCACACAAACAUCACCUCCACCACUGAAAUCCACGCAUUAGCAACUCAGUAUGCCGAUAGACCCAUCGACCUCCUCAUCCACUGCGCCGGCAUCCGAGGCCUCGUCCCCUCCAUCGUUGCAUAUCAGCACGGCGAUGUCGCAGCCGCAGAAACCCUCUCCGUCAUGGACUACUCCACAUUCACUAGAACAUUCGAAGUGAACACCUGGGGCACAUUUAACAUCAUCACCUCAUUUUUACCACAUCUCAAACUCUCGCAGGACGCCAAGGUCGUCAUUCUGAGCUCGAGAAUGGGCAGUGUGAGCGCGAAUAAGGCCGGUGGUGGGUAUGCAUAUCGGGCUAGCAAGGCGGCGCUGAAUGCGGUAAUGAUGAGCUUUGCGAUUGAUGUGCCGGAUGUGGCGUUUUUGUUGCUGCAUCCGGGGAGGGUGGAGACGGGGCUUGUGGCGUGGAAGGAGGAGGGUGCGAUUAGUCCUAAGGAGAGUCUACAGGAUUGCCUGAAGGUGAUAGAAGGGUUGAAAAAGGAGGAUAGUGGGAGGUUCGUCGAUCGGUUUGGGGCGGACAUUCCGUGGUAGAUGGAAGUUUGGUGGUUAGCUCGGAGAAUUUCAGAAUAGUUCAGACAUAGAAUAGGGCAGCGACAUAAAGUUGACAGAGGGCCCAGUGACAAACUCGUCAUUUAGCUUUCAUUACUCAUUCGAUGGGUAUUAUCAUUCUCCACGCUUCAUUCCCAUUGAUUCAUGUAAUCGUAAUCAUUUGUCGUAAUUUUGCUCGUAGGGACAUGGCAGAAUACUGUAUAAGUGACACACUCUUCUUCACCGCUCGCUUGCAGGGCUGAGC